UUAUAAACUGCAUGUAACUUUUAACAUUUGUAUUUAACAUUUUCUUUUAUCUUGCGUAUUUUCAAAGUUAUUCAGGGGGUUUCCCGUUUUGAACACCCUGUAAGUACACAGAGACUCUUCACAUCUAAAUAGUAACCGUUAUAAAGUAACCGCGGCUAAAAUUUAUGAUAUAUUCUAUAAUUUGCUCAUAUUCAAACGCGCAACGAUUCCCUCAAUAUAUUCUAAACUUACAGAUUACGCAAUUUGGAUAGUAAUUAGUUAUAUGAACACUUAUCGAUAGUAUGUUAAUUAAUAUAUUAAUCAACGCUUACUUAUUAAAAAUCAAACGUGUGGCACACUAUCUAGAGAAUCAAUUCCUCGAGAAAAAGCAACGACUAUGUGUCUGGCCGACUGUUCAACCGUGAAUGGCACUCUUAUUCAAUAAGCUACGCAGAUGACUCGUUACUGCGUUUGCGCGAACUGAAAGGAAGAAAACUUCUCUUUUCUGAGAAUACAUUUCUUUCCAUACCUAAUAGGACGAUUAUUUGUCAUUAUAUAUAAUUUCCUUAGUGUAGCGUUAUUUAUCUAUCUAUGUUUCCGUGCGAAGUUAAGAGAUCUAUUAACGAAAUUGAACUGCGCGUUAUCUACUUCCCCUCGUGUGGCACGGAAAAAUUUUCUGUUCAAAAUGUAUCGAAUAUCUAACAUUAUCUCGGAUAAGUGCAUUAGUGCAUUAAGAUCCAACAAAGCAGUAAAAAAAACAGUUCAACAACAUUUACUAAAGAAAGAAAAGGAAUUUUGUGCCCAUGUAGUUCAAACGUACAAUCAAAAUGAAUUUGUUUGAAAGUCGCUACUUCAAUCUCAACCGCCUUCUCAUGUCGUCAAUUGGAUUAUGGCCUUAUCAAAAAGAAGAAUCCAGAAGAAUUAAAAUGAUUUUUGUAUCAUUUGUCCUACUAUUAGGUAUAAUGGUGCAGUUGAUGAGCUUUAUUACGAUUGAAUACAGUAGGGAUCUUCUUACAAAAGUAUUUUCCUUCUCUUUUAUUGUUCUUAUCUGCACUAUAAAAUAUAAUGUGCUAUAUUUCAAAUCGGAACAAGUAAAGUAUCUUUUCGAGCGAGUUCUAUAUGACUGGCAUGCUUUAACUGAUGCAGAAGAAAUAAAAAUAAUACAACAAUACGCGAAUAAGGGGAGAACAUAUACUAUUUUGGCAGGACUCAUUGUGUAUGUUGGCAUUCUGAUUUUUAUUACAUUAUUUUUUGUACCGGACGUUCUCGAUAUUGUGGCACCAUUGAAUGAGCCUCGGCGACAUCAAUUGCCGAUUGUAAUCGAAACCUUUUUCGACCAGGAAAAAUAUUUCCUGUUUAUUAGUCUAAACUUCUUAGUAAUUUCUUCUAUAGAUCUAACUAUACUAUUAACUGUUGAAUUGUUAUAUGUGAUAUGCAUACAACACGCUUGCGGAUUAUUGAAGGUUACUAGUUAUCGUAUCUUGCACGCAUUCGACAAUCAUUCGACAAUUCGUUUACAAGAGAGAAGUAUAGUUAAAUCAAAGUGCGCCAUCUGUAUCAAAUUAGUUAAAGCUAUCAAGAUUCACAAACGAUCUUUAGAAUUCGUCGAAUGUUUAUGCUCUACUUUCUCUAUCUCUUACUUGAUCUUGUGCGUGUUCUGGAUAGCUUCUUUAAGCAUUAAUGUAUUUGAACUAUUAAAAGCAAUUGAAUCAAAACACACGAACCAUGCAAUCUAUCUUGCUUUAUUCAUCACCGCUCAUUUAGGUUAUAUAUUUUGGGUUAAUUAUUUCGGUCAAAACUUAAUAGACAACAGUAUCGACGUAUUUGUACAAACUUAUAAUGUACAAUGGUACAUGGUGUCUCCACAUAUUCAAAAAAAAAUAUUAUUUAUACUACACAGAUCCUCAAAGAAUGUCGUGUUCGAUGUUGGCAAUUCAUUAUUUACAUUCUCAUUGGACGGAGUUGCUGCGCUUAUUAACUCGUCUUUAUCAUACACUAUGCUACUCUAUUCCACUCGGACAUGAUUGAUAUCAUUAUGGCAAAAAUGGCUACGAUCGUCUACAAUCCUUUUUUAUACUUUAUAAAGAAUGCUAUCACGCAAUAAAACUUACUUCAGCAUGA